AUGGCAACAGCAAAGAUGAUCGGAAGCCAGAGCAUGGGAGCAGAGAUUUACCGCGGCGCAAGCUGCGGCGAGAAGCUCGACAAAAUGUUGGACGAGUUCUCGGUGCCGCGGUGCCUCUUCUUCGGGCUGGGCGAGGUCGAGGAGUUCGGGUUCAACCGGGGCACCGGGUUCUACUGGCUCAAGCAGAAGAAGAAAACGGAGCGCAAAGUGGAUAAGGUCGGGACCUCUUACUUCGACACGCAACUGGCCGGUUUCAUCGAGCCCCGUCGCGUGUCGAAGAUCAUGGGAGUGAAGGGGAAGGAGCUCUUCCUCUCACUCCCGGUCGCCGAGAUGCACGUGGGAGUCCCAACCAGUGAUAAGGUUAAGUUUGUCAGUAGCACCGGUAUUUACCGCGUCCACGCCAUUGCUGCAUUUGAACCUACGGUCAAAAACAGCAGUAAAUAG